GACAUGUUUUCAGCUGGCGAUGCAGUGGGCAGAAUUGGAGGGAGCCUAGGUCACCCAAGCAGCAGCGGUUGCCCUUGUCAUAGCCUUCCCCCUUCUUCCCCUUUACCGGAAAGCAAGCCGUGCCAAGAUCGCCGAGGGAGAGAGAGAGAUUUUUAAGGAAAACUACUGAACUGAGAUUCUGAAGGAUGGGUAAAGACUUUCGGUAUUAUUUCCAGCAUCCAUGGUCUCGAUUGAUUGUGGCUUAUCUGGUGAUCUUCUUUAACUUCUUAAUAUUUGCGGAGGAUCCUGUCUCUCACAGUCAAACAGAGGCCAAUGUUAUUGUUGUUGGAAACUGUUUUUCAUUUGUAACGAAUAAAUACCCUAGAGGAGGAGGCUGGAAGCUCUUGAAAGUGCUUCUAUGGCUACUUGCAAUUCUCAUAGGACUAAUAGCUGGCAAAUUCCUAUUCCAUCAGCGUUUGUUUGGUCAGUUGCUUCGUUUGAAAAUGUUUCGAGAGGAUCAUGGUUCUUGGAUGACAAUGUUUUUCAGCACCAUUCUCUUCCUCUUCAUAUUUUCCCAUAUAUAUAAUAUGAUUCUCCUCAUGGAAGGAAACAUGGGAGCAUACAUUAUUACAGACUUCAUGGGCAUCAGAAAUGAAAGUUUUAUGAAAGUAGCUGCUGUAGGAACCUGGAUGGGGGACUUCGUUACAGCUUGGAUGGUCACUGAUAUGAUGCUUCAGGACAAACCAUAUCCUGAUUGGGGAAAAUCAGCUAGAGCUUUCUGGAAAAAAGGAAAUAUCAGAAUAAUUUUGUUCUGGACAGUUCUUUUCACUUUGACCUCUGUCGUUGUGCUUGUCAUCACCACUGAUUGGAUCAGCUGGGACAAGUUGAAUCGUGGAUUUCUGCCCAGUGAUGAAGUCUCUAGAGCCUUCUUGGCUUCCUUCAUCCUAGUCUUUGAUCUUCUUAUUGUCAUGCAGGAUUGGGAAUUCCCACAUUUCAUGGGAGAUGUUGACGUAAAUCUUCCUGGAUUACACACACCUCAUAUGCAAUUCCAGAUUCCUUUGCUCCAGAUGAUCUUUAAGGAAGAAUACCGAAUACAUAUAACAGGUAAAUGGUUUAACUAUGGCAUCAUUUUUCUCGUCCUAAUUUUGGACCUUAAUAUGUGGAAAAACCAAAUAUUUUAUAAGCCACAUGAAUAUGGGCAAUAUAUUGGCCCUGGACAAAAGAUUUAUACUGUGGAGGAUGCAGAAAGCUUAAAGGAUUUAAACAGAACCAAGCUAUCCUGGGAAUGGAGAUCUAAUAACACUAACCCUCGGACUAAUAGAACCUAUGCAGAGGGAGAUAUGUUCUUGCAUAGCAGAUAUGUAGGAGCAAGUCUCGAUGUCAAAUGUCUGGCUUUUGUUCCAAGCUUAAUAGCUUUUGUGUGGUUUGGCUUUUUCAUCUGGUUCUUUGGAAGAUUUUUGAAAAAUGAACAAGGCAUGGAGAAUCAAGACAAAAGCUACACACGAAUGAAAAGGAAAUCACCUUCAGAGCACAGCAAAGAUAUGGGAAUGACUCGAGAAAACACUCAAGUCUCAGUUGAGUAUCCCUUGAAUAAUUCACCUUUAGUCUACAUCAAGUCAGAUUUCAAUGAAAUUAUCUACAAUUCUUCCCACUUGACUUCAGAAAACUUGAACUUGCACUUGAAUGACCCAUGUGGCACAACAGAACCAAACCCAGAACAUGUGAUGACUGAAUGUACACCCACAAACUAAAUUCAGUGAUGCCACCCUAUCCCAGAAGACAAAGAAAUGCACACAAGAAUAUACCUUUAAGGAUCACUCUGUCCUUUUGUACAUGAGGUUUAUGUAGCAUUAGAUGGAGAAAUAUAACCUAGGCCACAAAGGUGCUCAACAUGCUCUUUCUAGAACUCAUUAUUUUCUAUUUGUAUUAUGAUAAUGUGCCUCCUAUUUAUCCAACAGUCCUCUAGAGAUUGCUUCUCACAAUUGCUCAAGCUAAUUAUUGCCAUGUUGACUUUACAGAGUAGCAAACUACUAGGUGAUUAUUCAAAAGCAUAAAGUUCUACCAUAGUGGUGCCUUGAGACAUCAAACUGUUUUUAACUGUCAGUAAGUCAACAAGCAUACAUUAAGUGCCUACUGUGUUCCAGGCACUGUGCUAAGCACUGG